AUUGGAUGAGCGGUACACGCGUAUGUCGCCUGACCGCCACCUACAUACACGCCAAGAUCGACGGUCGAGUAUAUAUUCCCCUCAUACAUGCUCAAGAACUGGCAUAUCUCUCUGAUAUUACUAGACGUCUUUCUUUUGGAUCCUUGAGUCGGGUCUCAAGACAUUCUCUGUGUCUAAAAAAGUAUUUGCAGAUUGUAAUAUCCUAGGUAUUGCACCAACCACGGAAACCAAAGAUUCUAGAGACGAUGCGCGACAUGCAAGCUGAGCAGUCCACAUCUGCAUCCCCGCCCACCGGACAAUCGUCGAUAUGGCACGCGAUCCGUCCAUGGACACCCCACUUGACGCUUGCCGUCCGAGAGAUUACGUCCGUGUCGGUGACAUUCAUACUCUCUUCGGUUCUCGAUACUCGCGUUUCCGCCGCCAAUGCUACAGAUGGAGCUGAGGCGGAGCAGACCCUCGACCAGGUAUCAUCAUCUACAUCUGGGUCUGCAUCCGUCGUCACAGCCACCUCUUCUACUGCCGUCUCUCCUGAGGACUCCCAUCGACCUGUCCUCGCAGACGUACUCACCCAAGAACUCAGCGUAGAUGUGAAUGGGUCUAGUUGGAAACACUUCAUCCUGCACAUGCCGGAUGCCGCCGACGAAGCGAUCGUGCUCAUCUACGGCCUCCACCCUGGCAGGCAGUACGAUAUUGACAUUGCGCUCGUGGGCGGGGGCGUUGUUGGAAGGCGAAUGGUCGUCACCAGUGACGCUACUGAAUCGGGGGGUGUUGGGGAAAGCAGUGAGGAAAACAGUGCCAUUUCUGUCGACCGGGAUGUAAACGGUACAACAGAAGAGGUUACGACGACAGAUACGAUAAUGCCUCCUAUGGUCGGUUCGCUCCCGAUCUCAGGGACGACCUUUGCCCCUUCACCUGCUCCGUCAUCCCCUGUAUCCCACUCACCCUCCCCCAGCACGACGCCCACUCCGACGACCCUUGCACAGACCCACGAAGAUCGACUCCGCACGCUUUCAAGUACACUUUCUGCGUUGAACGAAGAGCAAGCUACCCUUCAGUCUUUGCUUAAAUCUACAAGGAGGGACGCACAAAAAACGUCCGCGACGCUGAGAAACGAGGUAGAUAUCCUACGGCGUGCAUCAGAAAAGGCGAUUGUCGCGGAGGGAAAGGCGAGGCAACGCGUCAGGGCGCUAGAGGAUGCAGUCAAGAAGGCAAACGAAGGUAGGGAGGAGAUCGAAUGGGAGAUCGAACAAAAUGAGAGUGCCACGCCUGCCGUAAGAGAAAGAGAGGCAAAGGCAGAGGAGGAACUGAAGAGAGUCAAGGCAGAGGCAGACGGAGUAAGACUCGAGAGGGAGAAAAAGGAAGAGGGCGAAAGGAGGCGGAAGGAGAGCAUGAGGGCUGAGUCUGUCAGCUUGACGCAGAGGACAGAGAGGUUGAGCGUGAAAAGAGAAAGACUGGAGGGGUCUAUUAUUCCGGACCUCGAAGCGCAGCUGGCGGAAAUCGAGCGCAAGAUUGAAUUGGUGGAGAUGGGAGGAAGGCAGCACCAAGCAGAUGAAAGUUGGGAUGGUGACACCAAGGGCAAGUCACAACGGCGGAAGUCACAUCCGGGAACGAUCGGACGUUCAAGGUCGAAUACGACGCAGAAGCCCGCUCCUACCACACAGGUUAAUAGUCCACCCACCCAAAUGCCUCGACACCUACCGCGGUCACAGUCGACGUAUCAUAAAGGUCUAGAUGGUGGGCUAUCUGGACUGGCAUCCCCUCCAGGGUUCAGUUUUCAGAGCGGACUCAAACAUACGCCUAUUUCAUCAAUCCACACAACAUCCGCCGUCCCUAUGAGUUCUGGGUUGGGCCAGUCGAGCAAUUUGGUAUUCAGUACAUCCUCCUCGAUGGCAUCUUCGUUAUCACGGCCUACCGGUUCUGCAGUGUCAUCCACUUUGUCCAGCAAAGCACCCCCUUUUGAACCAACGCGCAAUCUGCGUGCAUCCUUCCCACUACCUCAUUCGACGACGAACGUGCUCUCUGGAAGCGCGUUCCCCUUCUGUACAGAACAAAACACAUUUGGGCCUUUAUCGUCUGCGACAGCCAACACAUACCAAUUCGGCACGAAUGGGUCUAUGACAAACCUAAACGCUGGGACUUUCGUGGCUUCCCCCACCUCGCUAGUUUUUUCAAGCAGUCCAUCAGGGGGCGGGACACUUCCAACACCUAUACAACGCCCGACCCAUACUUCAGGGUCUGCUUCCAGUUCCGGUUCUCAGAACCCGGCCUCGGUCACUGCGCAAUUGCUAAGAUUGGGGAGGCCUGCACCAGUGACGUUACCCAAGACGGCGAACGGAGAGAACAAGGCGCGGACGUCGUCGAGCGGGUAGUUGAAAUCUAGCAUACAUAAUUUGAUGUUAAUUAUUACAAGAAAUUGCAAUUUACGACCAAUGUUCCGCGUGGAACUUA